AUGGCUCCUACUCAAAGAAAAAAUAAGUUAGAUCAUGAAAAACAAAAAGAACGACAAAGAGAGGCAAUGAGAAAACUUAGAGCUGCUAGAAAAGAUGACCCCAUAAAAUACGAAGAAGAAAAACAAAAAGCCCGAGAUAGUUACUAUAAAAGAAAAGAGGAAGGAAAGAUAAAGAUAAUUAAAGAAAUGACAGAAAGGGAGAGGAGACAGCAAAGAAAGAAUUGGAGAAAACGAAGCAAAACGUAUUACGAAAAGAAACAGUCCCAAAAAAUUAUAGAAAUUGAAUUAGAAGAUAAUACUCCUCUUGUUCCGAUAGUACAAGAAUUACCGAAUGUAAAUCCCGGUCCUUCGAAUAAAGAUGAUGGCAGAGCCAGAAUAGGAAAAUUACGUAGAAAAGAGAAUCUCAAGAGGCUUAAUAAUGAGAUAAAAAAACUGAAUGCAAAACUUGAAAAAGAAAGAAAAAAAAAGGAGAAAUACAGAAUGAGGCUUAAGAGAUUACAGAAAACUCCAAAUAAUAGCUCGCCAAGAAAAAAUGUUGAAAAGCUUAUUAGAGAAGAAAAAAAUAUAAUUUCACCAAGGGUUAAAAAGAAUCUAAUUUUCUUUCCUGCCUCUAAAUUUAAUGAAAAAGAUACUAUUGUUUAUGAAAGAUGGUGCACAAAGAAAUGUAAAGUGGUUAUUAAAGGCAUAGAAAAAGACUGUGUAAAAACAAUCAAAGAAAAGAAAUUAAGUACCAAAGGUGAAGUUUUAGAACUGUUAAAAGAGUCAAUAAAACCAUUUUUUUUACACGUUAGAAACAUAAACCAUCAAUUUAACGCAAUUCAACAAAUCAAAGAAGGCCUUAAAGAACAUGACGUCUUAAUUCAUAUGGACUUCUCUGAAAAUUAUAAUUGUAAAUAUUCAGAGGAGAUUCAGUCUGCACAUUUUGGAGGGUCGAAACCUCAGAUUUCGCUACAUACAGUUGUAGUGUAUUUUAAACAAGGCAACACUUUGAAAAGAAAAUGUUACUGCACGAUUUCUGAAAAUUUACGCCAUGAUCCCAUAGCUAUCUGUGCACAUUUGAAACCGAUUAUUGUAGAUAUUAAAGAAAAAAUCGUUAGUUUAGACAAUGUUCAUUUUUUAAGCGACGGUCCGGCGACGCAGUAUCGCAAUAGAAAAAUGUUUUUUUUAAUAGGAACGUAUCUACAGCAACUUUUAUCUGCAAAAACGAUCAGGUGGCACUACAGUGAAAAGGGACAUGGAAAAGGUGCCCCUGAUGGGGUUGGCGGCUGUUUGAAACGCACUGCAGACUCUCUAGUGUCUCGUGGCACAGAUAUGUCAGAUUUUAAAAGUGUUUUAAAGAAUCUACAAGAACACUGCAAAGGGGUCUCAAUUUAUGGGUUAAAUUUAGAUGCAGAAGAACUUACUUCCAUAGAAAAAAAAUUGCCCAAUGACCUGGUGACUUUUAAAGGAACAAUUCAGUGCCAUGAAGUUACGUUUUCUGACAAUUAUUUACUUCUAAAUCUUCGAAAACUAACAUGUUUAAAUUGUGCACCAUCCGAUGUAUGUGAACACUAUCCAUUGGGAAGUUAUCCUUUACAAUCUCAUUCUUCCGCUAAAAGGAAAAUUAAGUAUGCUGAUGUGUACAGCGAUGAAGAUUCCGAAAAACAAGAUCCAGUUGAAGAACUUGAAAGCUAUGCUGAGAUUCUGUCUCUACAGAAUGUGAAAGAACAUGAUUUCGUCGUUGUAAAAUUUCUUGGUAAAAAAACAACUCAACAUUUUGUUGGAGUGGUCCAAGAAUGUAACCAAUAUAACUACCUAGUUAAAUUUUUCCGAAAAAUGUCAGGAUCUAAAAAAUUUGUGCUUCCUAGGAAGGAAGAUAUUUCUCUUAUUAAAAAAAACGAUGUGGUUUGUGUUUUGCCACAACCAUUAAUAAAUAAAAGAAAGCAAUAUUCAUUUUCAACAAAUCUAUCAUUAUUUUCAAAUAUUAAUUAG